AUGCUUUCUCACUCUUCAUCUCACUUUUUGUCUCUAAACAACCACCACAGCCACCCUAACUCCGCUGUCUUUUGUUGCUCGUCAUCUCUUCCUUUACGAAUUUCUCAUCCUACUCUGAGAUUUGGAGCAAUUGAUUUCAAAAUGAGUUCUACAAAUUCUACUCUCUCCUGUAAUUGCAACAGUAACAGUAAGAUUGACAUUUCGACGGUGGACCUAGGGCUUGACCAUUUGGACCUAGAUCACUUUGUUGACGUUGGGAACAAGCUCGCCGACGCUUCCGGUGACGUCAUCCGCAAGUACUUCAGGAAAUCUUUCGACAUUCUUGACAAAGAAGAUUUGAGUCCUGUUACAAUUGCUGAUCAAGCGGCCGAGGAGUCAAUGGUUAAGAUUAUAGAGGAGAAUUUUCCUUCUCAUGCAAUUUUUGGAGAAGAGAAUGGAUGGAGAUGCAAGGAAAAUGUUGCAGAUUACGUUUGGGUUUUGGAUCCAAUAGAUGGGACAAAAAGUUUUAUUACUGGCAAGCCCGUGUUUGGAACUCUAAUUGCUCUACUACACAAGGGUAAACCAAUUCUUGGCAUUAUUAACCAACCUGUUCUGAGAGAGAGAUGGAUUGGAACAAGUGGGAGGAGAACUACUUUGAAUGGACAAGAAAUCUCCACGCGCAGUUGUCCACAACUUUCCAAAGCCUAUCUGUACACUACUAGUCCACAUCUAUUUGCUGGAGAUGCUGAGGUGGCCUUCGCUCGAGUAAGAAGUAAGGUCAAAGUGCCUCUGUACGGCUGUGAUUGUUAUGCCUAUGCUCUAUUGGCAUCGGGUUAUGUGGAUCUUGUGAUUGAGUCUGGUCUCAAGCCAUACGAUUUCCUUUCCCUGAUACCAGUAAUUCAAGGCGCGGGCGGAGUCAUAACUGAUUGGAAAGGACACCAACUUCAUUGGGAAGCUUCGUCAAAUCCCAAUGUGACAAGCUUUAAUGUAGUGGCAGCAGGGGACGAAAGGGUUUAUCAAGAAGCUCUAGAUACGUUGCAGUGGUAG